AUGGCAGCACUACAGGUCCCAUAUACAAAAUCUGUAUGCUUGCCUGUUGGUUCUUUCGUGAAAAUCAAAGGGACACCUGCCAUGUCUUUCAGCAUGAACCCAGAACUGCAGGUGGACUUCCACACUGAAGCGAACACAAACAUCGCCUUCCAUUUCCGCGUGUACUUUGACAAGUGUGUGGUGAUGAACAGCCGUCAGGGUGGGAAAUGGGGUGAAGAAGUGAAAUCCUCUGUUAUGCCCUUUAAGGAUGGCCAACCCUUUGAACUUGGCAUCUUGGUGCUGACAAAGGAGUACCAGGUAAUAGUAAAUGGCAGCCCAUGUUACACCUUUCCCCAUCGAUUUGACCCAAAAUCUGUGAAGAUGAUCCAGGUGUGGAGAGAUGUGUCCCUGACCUCAGUGAAUGUCAGUCAGAGAGACGGCCAUAAUCAAGUGGAAAAGACUACACCAGGGCAUGGGUAUGUUGCCUUGUGA